GUCAACUUCAAAAAGGAACCUGCACCGUAACACACAGGUCUGUAGCAGAGACCAAAGCUUCACACAACUUCUGCCUGUUGACAGAGAUGGGACACACAAUGGCUCUAUUGGUUUUAAUCUUCAUUUUUCUGCUCCAGUCUGAAGCAGGCAUCAGUGAGAAAUAUUUCUACAACAGACCUGGAGAUGAUGUCAUCCUGCCAUGUGACAGUGUGUCAUCAUCUGAUACAUGUUCCAGUGUUUACUGGUUAUUCAACAGACAGCAGUCUCACAGUAUACUUGAGGUUGAGAGAGGAAAUGUUGUGAUGAACUCAGCUCAAGCUGCGAGAGUGAGACUUGACAGUAACUGCUCUCUGCUCAUCAGCAACAUCACUGCUGUGGAUGCUGGUUGGUACACCUGUCGGCAGGGGAAGACCAGCCACGUCGAGUCAUCAGUGUUUCUAAAUAUUCUGACAAUCUCUCCAUCUCCACCAGACGCUGAUCAGCAGAGAGACGAUGACGUGACAUUACGCUGCUCUCUGUUGAAAUACAGAAAUCUCUCUCUCUGUGAAAAGAACAGAAUCCGCUGGGUGGAUGAGACAGAAGCUGAGCUGCCUGGUAUCCAGAAUGACUCUGUCCACCACACGGUCUGUGUCUCUGUUCUGAAAGUGAAGCGUCACAGUGGAGACAACAAGAAAUACACCUGCCAGUUUGUUGAUGAGAGAAACAGUGUGAUGAUACAGACUGACUUCACACCUUUGAUCAAGGAACCUAAUUCAGGUUGCUCUCCUCUGAGCUUCAUCAUGUUGUCUCUGAGAUUUACGGGACUUUUCCUGAUUGCUGUUUUUCUUCUCCACAGAGACAGAGCCAACCUGGCAUCACUUGCUGAAAACAACGUGAAUAAAGAAGGCGGCAAAGUCAAGUAUGAAAACGUAGAAGCAGUUGCUGCUACGAGCCAACAGCACUGAUCAACAACCUCCACACCAACUUCAACUCACGAGACGGUCGAAUGUUCAGUCAUUUCACUAAGUUAUAAAAGAAAUAAAUUCAAAGCCAUGUUUACACUUCAGCACUUCUGAUCCUGAGCUACAGCUCACCAUGACUAUAGUCUGCUACUGUCACUGAGAGCUGGAGGCAUCGAGGAACAACAGCACCAUCUUGCGGGUUUCCUAGCAACAAACUGUCGGCAAAGUGACAUUUAACUCCUCCAUAGCAGAAGCCUAUACUGCGUACAAUUUAGGGUUUUAGAUCCUUCGUCACAUUUAGUCUCUGUGUAAUAGAAGCUGCUGUCAAGCCUGUAACUGUGUCCACUUUGCUUCAAGUAAUCUUUGGUCAGAUUGGCUGCUGAAGAGUUCAACUUCAGCUUCAUGUUGCUUCUUUAAACCAUCUUAACUUGAUGCUUUGUUAAAAUGACAUGCUCAUGAACAUUACCUACAUCAACCUUCUACAGUGUCAAAAGUGUAUAUACCUGUAUAAUAUUUCAACCUUUGAACCAAAGAAAU